AUGGCCGACGAAUCAUCGCAUUCGCAAUUCGGAAUCGAAACCGAUUCGAUGACUUUGCAACGAUUCGUUUUGCAUGAACAGCGAAAACACGCGGAUGCAAGUGGAGAAUUGACGAGUUUGUUGACGUCGAUGUUGGUGGCGAUUAAGGCUAUCGCAUCUGCAACACAAAAAGCGGGAUUGGCUAAGUUGUGAGUUCAAAAUCAUGCUUUUUUAUAUCAGGAUCGUCAAAAAAAGAAAAUUUUCAAAAAAAAAAAAUAAAUACCGUAUUAUCUCAAAGGCGCAUAUGCGCAACACUUUGGGUCUCGUCACGGCGAACAACGAGGGAACAAACUACUGUAGAAAAUUGUUUGAAAAAUUGUUUUUUUUUGUUUUUUUAAGGUUUGAACCCGAAUUUCAGGGAAAACCUGGGUUUUUACUAUCAGAAUUGAACAAAGAAAGGUCCAGAAGUCAGAAAAUUUGCUUUUCGCCCAAAAAACAAAAAAAUGCAAUUUUGCAGAUACGGAAUCGCCGGCUCAACAAAUGUUCAAGGCGAAGAAGUCAAAAAACUCGACGUUCUCUCGAAUGAGCUGAUGAUUAACAUGCUCAAAAGCAGCUACACAACAUGUCUUCUCGUCUCCGAAGAAAACGACGAAUUGAUCGAAGUCGAGGAGAAGAAACGCGGAAAAUACAUUGUGACUUUCGAUCCGCUGGAUGGAAGUUCGAAUAUCGAUUGUUUGGUGUCGAUCGGAACGAUUUUCGGGAUUUAUAAGAAGCGGGAUAAUGGUCCGGCUACUGUUGAUGAUGUUUUGAGACCGGGAAGUGAAAUGGUGGCGGCCGGAUAUGCGUUGUACGGUUCGGCUACUAUGGUCGUUUUGUCAACUGGCGAUGGUGUGAAUGGCUUCACUUUGGAUCCAGUUAGUGACGCGCUCCACCGAAAUAAACACGCAACGCAAACCGCGUCGCGCCACGUCACACACAAAAAAGGUGUGUGUUGUGGCGCGGCGCGGUCUGCGUUGCGUGUUCAUUUCGGUGGAGCGCGUGGUACCGAUUAGAGACAGCGAAAAGAUGAGAGAGCGCAGACAGUCAGUCGCGUGCGGCUCUGCGUCGCGGUUUCCCGACCGCGACGCAGCGCCGCACGCGACUGACAAAAUGAUGUUUUUUCUGAAAUUUUCCGAAAUUUUCACAUUUUCCAGUCAAUCGGCGAAUUCAUCCUAACCCAUCCAAACAUGAAAUGCAAAUCAAAAGGUUCAAUCUAUUCGCUCAACGAAGGCUACGCCAAAACCUGGUCAAAAGGCAUGGCCGAAUAUAUUCGAACUCGAAAAGAGCCGGCGGCCGGCAAAAAAGUGAUGGGACAACGAUAUGUGGGAUCAAUGGUGGCCGAUGUUCAUCGAACAAUUUUGAAUGGUGGCAUCUUUUUGUAUCCACCAACUGCUUCAGCGCCAAAUGGAAAGGUAUUAAUGAAUGUCGGUGUGUGCGCGCGCGGUCGCGAUGCGGUCGGAAUAAAAACAAUAUUUUUUUUUCAUUUUUCCCUCGAAAAUGUUGUUUUUUACACAAGAAACGAUCAUUUUCAAGGGAAAAAUUGAAAAAAUUAUUGAUUUUAUUUCGACCGCAUCGCGACCGCGCGCACACACCGACAUUCAUAUUUAUGAGGGACUAGCUUUUCCUCUGCCACAUUUUUUAAUUGCCACGUGGCAUUUUUUUGCAGCUUCGCCUUCUCUACGAAUGCAAUCCAAUGGCUUAUAUCAUUGAACAAGCUGGCGGUUUGGCUACAACUGGAAAACAACGCAUUUUGGACAUCAAACCGACUAAGGUAACGGGUUUUGAGGGGAAUUUGUGGAAAAAUGUGAUUUACGAAAUAAAAAACGUGUUUUUAACGUAAAAAUACGUGUUCCACGUGAAAUUUUUCCCACGUGUCCACAAAAAAUCAUUUCAAAUUAAAAUUUUUCCUUACAGAUCCACGAACGUGCUCCAAUCAUUUUGGGCUCGAAAGAAGACGUCGAAGAGUGUCUCGAAUAUCUUGCCAAAUAUGAUAAUUGA